AUACGACCCUAUUUAUGUUGUCCACAGAUGGCUGCACUUUAAUCAUUGGUCUUUUUAGGCCUUGAUGUCUCGCUCUAUUUAUAACCUUAUUAUUGACUAUUAUAUCCUUACUCCGUUAAAUAAGAACGGAGUGACCAACUGCAGAUAUUUUCAAAGGCGAUUUGACUUCGUGCAAGCGAGGUUUGGUGAUCCAUGUUAACUUCUCUUGUUAAACGAUGGCAGCAGAUAUAGUUCGUCUAUCAUAUCCGGCCUCAAGAGGACUUGGAGAACCAAUUCGACUCGCAUUGGUUGCAGCUGGUAUUGAAUUUACUGAUAAUUACCUAAGAACCAGAGAUGAUAUGGUCAAGUUAGUGGAAGGUGGAAAUUUGAUGUUUAAGCAGGUACCUCUGUUGGAGAUCGACGGGUUAAAUCUUAUUGGAUCUGAAGCUAUCCUCCGCUACGUUUGCCACAAAGGUGGACUCGAUGGAAAAACAGACGAAGAGAAAGUGAAAAUUGACAUGCUGUCUAUGGGAGCGAAAGACAUGGUGUUCCACAACGUCAUAUAUUCCCGGUUUCACGAAAUCCUGAUAUCAAAGGAGAAAGCCGAAGAAGAUAUCCGAACCGCCAUCAAGGAAUGCAAGAACCGAUACCUCCCGGUUUUUGAGAAGGUAUUGUCGGAGAGUAAAUCUGGUUUCUUCGUUGGUGAAUCCCUUACUAUGGCUGAUAUCAUGCUAUUCGAUGCGCUGAGCUGCGUCAACGAGAUACCCGAAUUUAAAGAAAUCCGACUAAUGGACGAGUACCCGCUCUGUGUGGCGUUCAUUGAUCACUUCUCCAACCAACCGAGGCUUAAGGAAUACCUCAGAAGUGAGAGGCGCCAUACUGUUAUUGACCUUGAACAAGCAGCUUAUGCCUCCCGGGUAAUGGGCUGGCUACCAUCUUAAGAUAUCUAAGAACAACCAGGGGGGCGUUUCAUGAAAGGACUUGUCGGACGUUUUAUCCGACAAGUCCCACUUUAUCCGACAGUUACCAUAGUAACAGUACCUCUCAGCCAAUCAACAUCACAGAAAGAUGUCAGAUCUGACAACUUGUCAGAUGAAAAUGUUGAUGAAACGCCCCCCAGGGCCCCGGCCCCCGUUUUACCAAGAAAAUUAAAAUGCGAUUGAUCUGAUCAACCACAACUUUGAUACGCCAUCAACGUCAGCAUAUAAAUUGUACCUUUGUUCAAAAUGCUUUCUAUGUUUGAUGCAUAAAUUCACCGAGUUAUUGACAAUUCAUUAUGCUCCUAUUUAUUUACAAAAAGACAUUGUGCAAAUUUCCUGAAGGAAAAUUUAUGACAGUGAUGGAUUUCCAUGUAGUUUUGGUUGAUCGGAUCGAUCGCAACUAUUUGUAAGAAGGGGCCCUGGUAUGUUUAUCAUUGGUGCGGAUUUUAAAUCAUAGAAAAUGAUUCAGGUGCUUUUAACUCUUUUAUACCUCUUUCCACGCUGAAGCUGCAAAUCUAGGAGAUAAAAAGGAGAAUGGUUUUUAUAGAUUCUUUGAAUCUAGAUAUGGAUAUUGCACCAAAUUAAUGAUGUUGCCCUAGAACUAUAUCGUCUUUAUUACCUUAUCCAAUAUACUUAUACUAGCCUAUCUGUUACGACAAUGAAUAUUACGAAUUGACAAAAAAUUGGAACAUUGCAUUUGUACCAAUCGGUAAUCAAAUCAACAGUUUAAGGCUGUUUACCUUCAGUACAUAAACUAUUAUUGAGUUGUAAAUUUCAUUUAAAGGAUACACCCCCUCCUUUCCGCCAAAUAUAUACAAUUGCUUCGGCUCAGUGUAUAAAUUUAUAUGAAGUCAACAUUUUCUUCACCUUCCAACAACACGACAUUUAGCCCGUUUCAUUUAACCUGUGAUAAGUUUGCCAAAAUAGUAUAAAACUACUAGAAUCAUUCACUUGGAUUGACUGGUAGAAGUUAUAGAAACUGAUUUUUCCCCCAGUUUUUCCGCAUCGCAGAAAGCUAGGUGUUCAAUGCUAAAUUUUCUCCAUAGCGUGGCACAAAGCAGUACAACAACAAUAAACACCAUGCUUAAAAUUUUUACAAGUA